GGUACAACGAGAAAGAUAAAAUAUGCUACCUACACAUGCAGACUCAGCAAAACUUCUUGACAGAUUCUGAGGAAGGAAUAAUGUACUACCAGAAAACAGAGAAAGGUUGUGGCUCGCAGUGGCUGGAGUAUAGGAAUCAUUGCUACUUUCAUAAUCAGAUGAAAGCCACAUGGACUGAAGCUAAAUUGUGGUGCGAGUCCAGAUAUGCUCACCUGGUAGAAAUAGAGAGUAAGGAGGAAUCUGAUUGGCUGGCCAGAACGUUUCUUUUGAAAGAUACUUGCCCAUCAUUUAUCUUUGAUACAAGUGUAGCCUGGACGGGAGGAAAUGACCUUGUCAUAGAAGGUCAAUACCAAUGGAACGACUCACCCUUGGCCAUGAAUUUCAGCAACUGGUUUCCAGGUGAACCCAGUGCGGGCGAUCCCGUAAAGGCAAUCUCAAAGGACUGUAUUGAUUUACUCAAAAACGGCGAAUGGAAUGAUAGACCGUGUUCUUUCCUAAACCCAUUCAUCUACGAAAUGACCUAG